AGUAAUUAAAUUUCUUCAGUAUCGUCAACAUAUCCUAUGAAAAUAACCAAAAACCAAACAUUUUUCUGUCCAAUUCUCAGUACUUUUCGACAUUUUCCUACCCCGUGUAGUGUUCAACCAGGAAACCAGCGUGCAACUUUAAGUAAAUAGUCAUUAAAUAUAUCCCCAAAAGACAUAUUUUCAUUUUCAGAAAGUGCAGCUAUGGGGACUAUUUUAUACUUUUUUGGACAACAGUGGAGUUCUAUGACUUCCGUUAUAUUGGCUAGAUGGACAGUAAAUGUUCGUAGGAUAAAUUCGUUGAGAGUUGGACAGAAACAAAGGUUUUGGUUUUUUCAUAGGAUGUGUUGGAAAAAUUCAAAUUACUGUUAUUCUUUAAGUACACUAAGUUAAUGCAAGGUGACUGUUGGGUAGAUUAGGUCUAAAUAAUACUCUAAAAACUGUAAUGUAACUUCUCCUUUGAAGUAUUUAGGCCCUCACAAUUCAUGAAAUUAUUAAUGCCAGCAUGCAUACUGUACAUUAGUCAUUUGUACUUUAUAGACUGUCCUUUAUAGAGGAGAGUCAUCUUAUAUAAUUUUGCUGUGUUAAAACAUCUGAUUUCAGCUGGUAUAGCCAGCUAAGCCAGUGCUGCUGUGAGGUCCAAGUGGUCUUCCAUCUGGACCUUCUCCAGUUGGGAAUGGUCAGUUCAUUGCACCGACUUGGCUAAAAAAUAAACAGCUUAAUUGGUGACCUUCAGCUCUGGUGGUGGUGAAAACCUGUCAGUGGGAGUGAACAACAAAGUCAAUUGGCCAUCACCAUUUUUUCGUCUCUUAAACUCUGAACUCAGCAAGCUUGAACAGUGCCCAGCGAACAGAUCUGCAGAGCCCGCUCAGCCACUAGCUGCCUGUCCCACUGUUACCGGCUGAAGACAACCUCAUGAAAUGGUACAUGGUAGAUGUGAAUGGGCAAGGAAGGUGUGCGAUUGACUACACAUGCAAGGUCAAGGUUAAAGUAGCUCUUUACUCCUUGUGCCAUACUCAAGACCUCUCUGGAAGGCGAACCUGGCCAGCUGGUAUCCUGAUACGCCCUGGCAUUGUGGAGUUGGAGCAAGGGCACGGAGUGCUGAACAGAGCCCAUUGUGCACCAAAGAGAAGGAGUCGUCUGGAAGAAGGUUUGGGUUACCUGGAGGGAGAUCUGUAUUGUGGAACAGAAGAGAGCAGUGCUGGGCAAGGCCAACUGUUGGGCCAGAGGGGUUAGCCACUGGAAAUCAGGGGUUACAAACUGGGGAUUGGAUGGCUUCCAGUCUGAACCUACCUGAAUGGAAGCCCAGGACCUCUCUUUGAAAGGUCAAGAUUGAUGGGACCACAGCACAGAGUAAGCUGGAUAUAUGUGUCAUUAUCUCAUAGGAUCUCUCCAUUGGCCAUUGAGGCGAUUUGGUUUCUCAUGCUUAGAACAGGUAAGUGGGUUAGUAAGAAUUCGGCCAACAGAGAAAUUCUUAACACCAAAAAUAAUGUUGACGCCUUUUAUUUUUUCAGAAAUUAAGAACUUACUGACUGCAGACAGAUGCCCACGAAUCAUCUUGUGAGGUCAUAGAGAUUAAGUUAAACACUAUCCCCAUGAAAAAAGGAGCACCACUCCACAGGAACACAUCCCAGCUCUGCAACAGGCUUCACUCUCUCGCCUUCGUUUCUCUUCCUCUUUCUGGGACUUCUUUCUCCUCCCUUUGAAAUCCACCAGUCAGCCUCAGGCUGGGAUUCAUUCCUAGGUUUAUUUUUUGGCUUCUGCGUUUGCCGGUUAAUCCGAAGGAAGUGGACGAACAGCAUCUCCGCGCUCGGGCUCUGGCUGCCCUUUCUCCACCCCUCCUCAUCCUCCCCCAGUCCACCUCUGCUCUUUUAAGCCUGUGGAUGUUACCCACUUUAAUGGGAGCGGGGUCAGUGGUACUGGGGACCUGGUGACAGGGAGCGGUUCGCGCAUUUGUCCUCAUAAGCAGGAUGGUCAAACCAAGCAUUCGUCUUGUUCUCAUCCACCUUGUCUACAUCCUGGCUCCCAAAGGAGCCCUUUCUCAGGAUAUCCUGUACCCCUUUGGACAGGCCUAUAGGGACGCUGAGACCCCCAAAAUGGACGAUGGCAGUUCUACAGAGCUGUUCCUACUCAUACCCUUUGUCUUCUUCAAUGUCCCCCAUCGUUCCAUUUAUAUCAACAACAACGGCGUGAUCUCCUUCAACGUGCAGGUCAGCCAGUUCACUCCUGAGGCCUUUCCCUUGACUGACAGUCGGUCCUUCAUAGCACCGUUCUGGGCGGACGUGCACAACGGUAUCCGCGGUGAUGUGUAUUACCGCGAGAGCACCGAGCCGGACAUCCUGGAGAGGGCCUCACAAGAUGUCCGCAAAUACUUCAAGAACAUGCCCUCCUUCCGGGCCACCUGGACAUUCAUUGCCACCUGGCACCAGGUCACUUUUUAUGGUGGGAGCCAGACCACUCCGGUGAACACCUUCCAGUGUGUACUCAUUUCUGAUGGUUUCUUAUCCUUUGCCAUGUUUAACUAUGGGGAAAUAACAUGGAGCACUGGGACAGCCAGUGGGGGGGACCCCUUGACUGGAUUGGGUGGCACCACAGCACAGUCAGGUUUCAAUGGUGGCGACAUCGGUCAUUUCUUUAAUCUUCCGGGGUCACGCUCAAAUGAUGUUGUCAACAUCGAGCUGACCACCAAUGUCAACAUGCCUGGGCGCUGGAUCUUUCGCGUUGACACAGAUCAGAUAGACCCAGCAAACGGCUGUAGCUUCAAUGGCCGCUUUUACAGGCGCGGGGAGGUCUUCUGGCUGUCGGAUCGGUGCUCCCAGCGCUGCCGCUGCCUGGAUCUGGGGAACGAGGUGAUCUGCCGGGAGGCGCUGUGUGGCCAGCUGGAGACCUGCGAGCAGCUGGAGGGGGCGUACCACUGCCAGCCCACCAGGACCAGCACCUGCGUGGUGUUCGGCGACCCGCACUACCACACCUUCGACGGCUUCCUGUACCACUUCCAGGGCACCUGCUCCUACCUGCUGGCGCGGCCCUGCUGGGAGGUGGCGGGGCUGCCCUCCUUCAGCGUGGAGGCCAAGAACGAGAACCGCGGGGUAACCUCCGUCUCCUGGCUGCGUGACAUCACCGUGGAGCUGUACGGCCACCGCGUCACCUUACCAAAAGGAAGUCUGGGCACUGUGCAGGUAGACGGCCUGAUGAAGACGCUGCCAGUGCAGCUGCAGCUGGGAGCUGUGCGCGUGUACCAAUCGGGCGUAGCGGUAGCCCUGGAGGCGGACUUCGGGCUACUGGUGACGUACGACGGACAGCACUAUGCCUCCAUCUCGCUGCCCAGCUCCUACUUCAAUAACACCUGCGGCCUGUGCGGUAACUAUAACGACGACCCCGCCGACGACCCCGUCCUGCCCGACGGCUCCCUGGCGGAGACCGUGGUGGAGCUGGGCGGCGGCUGGCACGUGGAGGACGCCGACUGGCGCUGCACGGACGGCUGCGCCCACAACUGCAGCCUCUGCGACCCCGCCACCGAAUCCUUCUACUUCCGGCCCGACUACUGCGGCCUGAUCAACAAGACGGACGGGCCGUUCAGGGACUGCCGCAGCGUGGUGGACCCCACCGCCUUCGUCUACAGCUGCGUCUACGACAUGUGCAGCAACCGCGACAACAUCACCACGCUCUGCCAGGCCAUACAGGCCUACGCCCUGGCCUGCCAGGCCCUGGGGGUCACCAUCCGCUCCUGGAGGUCACGCUCCUUCUGUGCUCUGGCGUGCCCGGAGUACAGCAGCUACCAGGUGUGCACCAGCAGCUGCCCGGCGUCCUGCUCCGACCUGACCGCUCACCUCUACUGCGCCCACCCCUGCACCGAGGGGUGCCAGUGCGACGAGGGGCACGUCCUGAGCGGCAGCCACUGCGUCCGGCGGGAGGACUGCGGCUGCGAGCGGGACGGGCUCUACUACCCGCGAAACGAGUCCUUCUGGGCGGGCUCGCCCGGGGAGUGCUUCCAGCGCUGCGUGUGCGGGCCCGAGGGCGAGAUCUCCUGCUUCGACGACGCGUGCGAGGAGGGGGAGGUGUGCGCCGCCGAGCAGGGCUGGUUGGGCUGCUACCCCCGCCGGGAGAGCGCCUGCUUCCUGUCCCAGAGCCAGGUGCUGUCCACCUUCGACGGGACCCCCCUCUCCUUCCCCGAGGAGAACUCCUACUUCCUCCUCAAGUCCUGCGGGGUGGGGGUGGGGCCGGGGGCGGCGGCCCGGAACCUCUCCACCGUGGAGGUGAAGAUCGGACGCAGGCUGGUGAACAAAGGCCCCGGCUGGGUGCGGCCCGUGGUCGCCAGGCUGGGGCCCCUGGAGGUGCAGCUGGGGGGGUCGGAUUUUAACAUGGUCAAGCUCAAUUCGGAGCCCAUCCAGCUGCCGUACGUGCACCCCCUGGAGACCCUGCUGGUGUACCGCGCCCCCGGCAACGCCACGGUGGUGGAGUGGAGCGGCCUGGUGCGGCUCCAGUACGCGCGGCAGGGCCUGCUCAACGUCACCAUCUCCACGCGCUUCUACAACGCCACCUGCGGCCUGUGCGGCUACCCAAACGGAAACGCCUCGGACGACCUGCGCCUGCCCAACGGGCGGCAGGCCGAGAGCGCCGAGCUCUUCGCCGAGGGCUGGCGGGCCAUCGCCGACGACCUGACCUGCAACGGCGACUGCGAGGACCUGUACCGCGUGUGCGUGGACCUGCGCCUCUACCAGAGCCCCUGGCUCUGCGGGAACAUCAACGACCCCGGCAACAGCUCCUUCCUGGCCUGCCACGAUGCCGUCAGCCCCUCCCCCUUCUUCCGCAACUGCCUGUACAACAUGUGCGUGCGCGAGGGCAACCGCUCCGCCCUCUGCUCCUCGCUGCAGGCGUACGCGUCCGCCUGCCAGGACGCCCAGAUCAGCCUGGGCGCCUGGAGGAGCGCCACCAGCUGCCCCCUGCCCUGUCCUGAGAACAGCCAUUUUGAGGAGUGCACCACGGCCUGCCCGAUGACCUGCACCAACCUGGAGCCGGAGAGGCCGUGCCCGCUGCCCUGCUCCGAGGGCUGCCAGUGUGAGGACGGGUAUGCCCUGAAGGAGGGCCAGUGCGUGCCCAAGAGCGACUGCGGCUGCCCCCACCGGGGCCGGCACAUGGCCACCAACGAGACCUUCUGGAUGGACUGGGAGUGCGAGGAGCGCUGCUUCUGCAACGGCUCCGACAACCGCGUCUACUGCCACGUCGCCCCCUGUGGCCCGGAGGAGUACUGCACGGAGAACAGCGGGCUGUACUUCUGCCAGCCCCGUACCGAGGCUGUGUGCAUCGCCGCGGGAUACGGCCACUUCCUGCCCUUCGGUGGGAUGCCCUUUGAGCUGCAGAGCAGCUGCUCCCUCCGGCUGGUCUCCACCGACUGCGGGAGGGAGGAGGACGACGACGAGGGGGCGGGCGCAGGGCUGGGCGAAGGGGACUCGGACGCGGGCGACAUCUUCCCGCAUUUUGUGCUGUCGGCGAGGAACGAGGACCGCGACACCGGACAAGCCAUCUGGGUGAAGGGGUUCGUCCUGGAGGUGUACAGUUACGAGAUCGAGGUGUCUCGCAGUUACAAACACACGGUCACGGUGAACAAGGAGCGGCUGUACCUUCCUCUGAAGCUGGGCCCGGGCAGAGUCAACAUGUUCACGUUCGGGCUGCAGCUCGUUCUCGAGACCGACUUCGGGCUCAAGGUGGCCUUCGACUGGAACACCCUGCUGCUGCUGAGCCUGCCGCGCAGCCUCUACGGCGCCACCUGCGGGCUGUGCCAGGGACUGCCCCCGGCGCCCCCGCUCCUCACCCCCACCGAGUGGGGCAUGGCCUGGGCGGAGAGGGACACCUUCUGCCAGGUGGGCUGCGGGGACACCUGCCCCCGCUGCGGCCUGGUGGAGCGCGGGCUGGCCGCCGACGGCGACCUGGCAGUGGAGACCGACGACGGCAACGACGACAACCACGGCAAGCGGUUUCACCUGGGAGACGGGCUGUACGGUUACGUGGAGCCGGAAGCGGUCCGGCUGUGCGGGCUGAUCGCUGACCGUCGCGGAGUGUUCUCCCGUUGCCAUAGCAAAGUGCCCCCGGCCUACUUCUACCAGAGCUGCCUGCAGGACACCUGUUUGGACCAGGGAGCCGCAGAAACUAUCUGCAAUUGGUUGCAGAUCUACGCCAGCGCCUGCCAAACCCAAGGCAUCCCUGUGAUUGGCUGGAGGCAGGCUACUCCUUGUGUGCUGACGUGCCCGGCGAACAGCCACUACGCCAGCUGCAUGACGGUGUGCCAGCCGCAGUGCGCCCCUGCGCGCGGGCAGCGGGAGUGCAACCACUACUGCGUGGAGGGCUGCCAGUGCGACCAGGGCUACGUCAUCAACGGCAAGAGCUGCAUCCUCAACCAGAACUGCGGCUGCUACACCGACGGCAAGUACUACGAGCCCAAGCAGCUCUUCUGGAACAGCGACUGCACCAAGCGCUGCCAGUGCAUCGGGCGGAACCUGAUCCAGUGCGACCCGCGCCGCUGCAAGGCGGAGGAGGAGUGCGCCCUGCGGCACGGCGUGCGGGGCUGCUUCGCCCGCCGCAGCCAGCACUGCGUGGCCUCGGGCGGCGGCGUCUUCCGCACCUUCGACGGCGCCUCCCUGCGCCUCCCCGCCUCCUGCUCCUUCGUCCUCUCCACCAUCUGCCACAAGCUCCCCGAGCUCUCCUUCCAGCUCAUCGCCAACUUCGACAAGUGGAGCACGCCCAACCUCACCACCAUCUCCCACGCCUACCUCUACAUCAACGAGGAGAACAUCCUCAUCUCCGGCACCACUGUCAAGGUGAACGGCACGCCCGUGUCGGUGCCCUUCAUCACGGGCCUGAUGACCCGGGUCUCCACGUCGGAGGGCUUCCUGGUCAUCGACACGGUGCAGGACAUCCAGGUGCGCUACAACCGCUUCAACACCCUGACCAUCACCAUGGGGCCGCGGCUGCAGAACAAGGUGUGCGGCCUGUGCGGCAACUUCAACGGGGACCCCACCGACGAUUACAUCACUUCCCGCGGCAAGCCGGCGCUCAGCGCCCUGGAGCUGGCACAGAGCUGGAAGACCAACGGCAUGCAGAACAGCUGUGACGAGACUCAGUACGUGGCCCUGGCGCAGUCCUGCGACAACACGGCGGUGUCGGAGCUGCAGGGCGAGGACGGCUGCCAGAAGCUCACCCAGAUGAAGGGCUUCUUCCAGCCCUGCCACGGCCUGCUGGACCCCAAGCCCUUCUACCAGUCCUGCUACCUGGACGGCUGCUACAACCACCGCAAGGCCCAGGUCUGCGGCUCCCUGGCCGCCUACGCCGAGGCCUGCCGCUCCUUUGGAACGCUCACCACCAAGUGGAUCACUCAGGAGAACUGCUCAGAAUGGAUCUAUGACCCCUGCGUGGGAGAAAUCUGCAGUAACAACACCUGUGAUCAGGAUAACGGAGGAGACCUGUGUGGUUGUCCAGAGCUCCCCAGCAACGACAGCGGAGAAGAUGACAUCAUCCAAGCAGAGGUGACAUGUAAGCAUGCUCUGAUGGAGGUCUCCAUCUCCAAGUGCAAGCUCUUCCAGCUAGGGUUCGAGAGGGAGGACGUGCGUAUCAAUGACCAGCACUGCCCUGGGAUCGAGGGCGAAGACUUCAUCUCCUUCCAGAUCAACAACACGAAGGGCCACUGCGGCUCCAUCGUACUGUCCAAUGGCACUCACAUUAUGUACAAGAACACGGUGUGGAUUGAGAGUGUGAACAACACAGGCAAUGUCAUCACCCGAGACAAGACUAUCAAUGUGGAGUUCUCCUGUGCCUACGAACUGGAUAUCAAGAUCUCCCUCGACACGGUACUCAAGCCCAUGCUAAGCGUGAUCAACCUAACUCUGCCUACUCAGGAGGGUAAUUUCAUCACCAAGAUGGCCCUGUACAAGAACGCCUCGUACCGGCACCCGUACCGCGAGGGCGAGGUGGUGCUGAGCACGCGGGACGUCCUGUUCGUGGGCGUGUUCGUGGAGGGCGCCGACGAGCACCAGCUCAUCCUCAUUGUGAACAUGUGCUGGGCCACCCCUUCCCGCCACAGCAGCGACCGGCUGCGCUACAUCAUCAUCGAGAAAGGGUGCCCCAACAUCAAGGACAACACCAUCGGAAUGGCGGAGAACGGGGUGUCGCUCACCUGUCGCUUCCACGUCACCGUCUUCAAAUUCAUCGGCGACUACGAUGAGGUGCACCUGCACUGCGACGUCUCGCUCUGCGAUUCUGAGACCAACGCGUGCAAAGUGAACUGCCCUCACAGAAGGAGGAUGUACACAGACUACAGCGAGCAUAAGGAACAGAUACUCACAGUAGGACCAAUCAGACGGAGAGAGUCGGACUGGUGUGAGGAGAACAAUGGCGGCUGCCAGCAGAUCUGCACGAGUCAGGUGACCGGGGCGGCGUGCAGCUGCGUUACGGGGUCCCUGCAGAAAGACGGGAAAACCUGCCUGGCUACCAGUUCCAGCAACAGUGACCCUCGACCCCUGGUCUUCUUCCUGGUCUUCAGUGCUGUAGCAGGGAGGUUCCUGGUUCACAUACAGAACGGCUCCUCCUAGCCCAGGCCAAAUGGAGAGAGAGAGGUGUUGGUGAGAGAGAGAACGAGAGAGAGAGAGCACGAGAGAGCACGUGAGAGGAGACAAGCUGGGGAGUAGAACAUACUUACCAGAAGACAGCAGAGCCUGCUUUUCUUUCACAGAUACUGCCGCACCAUAAAAACAAGUAAAUAAAGAAAUAAACAAGUGAGCUUUGACACAGGGGAUCCCAGAAAACUGGAACACUGAGUAACAUUGUCACUCUUUCACUGGAAGAACCACAAAACUAUGCAUACCGCUACUCGUAAAACCUAGAGAUGUAAAAAUGACAGUAGGUUCAAUCCACUAGACAGAGUAUAUGUUUCUGAGGACAGAUAGGGUAUGUAGUUUUUUUUGUGGGCUUGGGUGAGAAAGAGUAUUUGCCAGCCCAAAAACCAAAUACCCUUCAGUCACUGACCAGCAGGUUUUACAGCUGUGGCUGGAUGAAAAGACUGCCCCGGUCACUCUGAUUCGCUAGGUCAUGUUGUGGUAGCACUGGCAUAAAGUUGGUUUCAUGGACUACAAGAAAGUGGAAAUGAAAUCAUCAAUGAGGUCAUUACUCUUUAGUAUAGGGCUCAUAGCAAAAUAUUAAUAGGAAAGUAUGAAUGGCUGUAAAUAUCAUCCCCAUUUCACAGUAACCUGGCCUUAUAAAAGUCAUUCAGAACCAUGUAUGAGCCAGAAAUCGUAAUAUGGGCAGGAUUAAAAAAGCUGCAAAUAAAAACAAUGAAAUAUGUGAAAUAUUCUGUAAAUGUUAUUUUACCAUUUCGAAAAUCUAAUUUCCUGAUGGGUGAUAAUGAUGUUGAUAAUAAUGAUGAGGAAACUCAGUUCAUUGAGUUUCAGUUCAAAAUUCACAGAAAAAAAGUAUCACAUUUAAGUCAGUCUUUAUAGUGCCCCACAUCACCCCUGCACAGUGGUGGUUCUCCAAUUUUACAUUGUCUACAGAGGUCUUUUUGUGCAAAUGGGUGGUUCACCACUCCCUAACUGAGUCACUGUGGGAUUAUCUCAGUUCAGAUUACUCCCCUGCGCUCAGGGCACAGGUUCACUGCUCUGAGAAGGGAACUGUUCAUCACGUGUCCUUUAUGUACAAAUGUACAGGCAAAGUUUGUUGAUAUACUGGGGCCAGAAAUGAUCGGUGUCCCAUAUAUGAUUCAUUUUACUACAUUUUUUUAAGAAGGGAUGUGUAAAAAAAAAAAGUUUGCCAAGCUGUUAUCAGUUACAUGUUAUUGUUUCAAGGGUGGACCAACCAUUACAUUUUAGAGAGGCAAAAUGCAGGAUUCUUUCUAUAAUAAAACAAGCCACUUACACUGUUCCCUGUUGUGUAUCUAUCUCAUAGUUUGUUUGGUUGUCAGUUUCUUUGUCUGCUGGAGCCUUUGGCUGGAAUGCAUGCAAAUAUAAAACAUGUACUAACAA